CUAAGUUCCUCCCUCCAACCAUAGAGUAAAUGACUGCUGGGCGGGUCGAAACACAUUAGACACAUAUAAACCAGCAGCCGCUUUUCUUUCUGUCUAUUGAUCCUGAGUGGCUAUAGUGGGAAGCAUGGCAGAGGCAGACCGACCAGGGAAGCUCUUCAUCGGUGGCCUGAACACUGAAACUAGUGAGAAGGUCCUUGAAGCUUAUUUCAGCAAAUUUGGCAGAAUAUCUGAAGUUUUGUUGAUGAAGGAUCGUGAAACGAACAAAUCUAGAGGCUUUGCAUUUGUAACUUACGAAAAUCCUGGUGACGCAAAAGAUGCAGCGAGGGAAAUGAAUGGGAAGCCACUUGAUGGAAAGCCUAUUAAAGUGGAACAGGCCACAAAACCUCAGUUUGAGUCUUCGGGACGCCGUGGUCCACCACCAUCACGGAGUCGUGGCCCUGCCAGAGGUCCACGAGGGUCCAGGGGAGCACCGAGUGGAAUGCGGGGACCACCAAGCAGAGAACCCUUUUUUAAAGGUAUGUCAUCCAGAGGGCCACCACCGCUGAAGAGAGGCCCCCCAGUGCGGAACGGAGGACCUCCACCCAAGAGAUCUGCACCUUCUGGGCCAAUGGGCAGACCGCCAGUGUCCAGAGACAGGGACCCAUACGGCCCGCCACCUCGUAGAGAUUCUCUGAUGUCACGGCGGGAUGAUGGUCCUCCGCCUCGUGAUGACCACUAUAGUAGUAAAGACAGCUACUCCAGCCGCGACUACAUGAGUUCACGGGACAGUCGAGACUAUGCCCCUCCACCACGUGACUACCCAUACCGGGAGUAUUCAGGCCAUUCCAGUUCUAGAGAUGACUAUGGGUCAGGAUCCAGAGGUUACAGUGAUCGUGAUGGCUAUGGUGGAGGACGAGAGCCCAGGGGUUACAUGGAUCGGCCCAGUUCAGGCUCCUAUAGAGACCCCUACGACAGUUACGGUAACUCACGCAGCGCCCCACCCUCAAGGGGUCCCCCUCCGUCCUACAGUGGGAGUGGAGGAAGCAGUCGUUAUGACGACUAUGGCAGCAGUUCCCGGGAUGGAUAUGGCAGUCGUGACAGUUAUCCCAGCAGUCGCAGUGACCCGUACUCCGCUAGUCGUGGUGACCGUCCCGGUAGGCAGGAGCGAGGGCCACCCCCUCCUCUUGAGAGAGGCUAUCCUCGCGAUUACAGCAGCUCGAGCCGCGGGGCGCCUCGGGGUGGUGGCCGCGGCGGCGGUCGGGCAGAUAGAGGAAUGGCACGGAACCGAUACUGAAAUGGACUUUGUCAAGAAAUAAAUUAAAAGGAGAAACGUCGGCUUCUCGUUGAAACGUUCGAAAGACUUUAAGAUUCAAAGAAAGCGCCCUUUUAAACUCUGGACUUCAAACUUCGGUUUCAAAGCUGUACUCAAACUUGUGAAGGUUUUUUUAUUUUUUUUAUUUUUGUCCUUUUUAAAUUUAGAGUUUCUUUCUUUUCUCUUGCCCACUUCCCAUUUAAUGGUACCGUUGCAAAUCUAAGUGUGUUCUUUUUGUAUACUAGUGAAUUGUUAAACCUGCAAUGCCCUAACAUAUGGCUUUCAUUUACCAAUAAAGUGUUUUUAAUCAAAGAUCUUUGAGCAACAACACUCUAUUCAAGAGAAAAAUGAAGCAUAAAUAUAUUAAGUCACCUCUUCAGUUUUCCAUGGUGAGCAACCCCAAAUUCCACUUAAUGUAGAUGCAAUGCAGAAUAUUCAUGUAGGCAUGAUUGUUCACAUUGUUGGGGACUGGGCAAAUGUCACCUUUUUCCAAACUCUCUAUGGGUGUAGUUUUCCUCAGUGCAAAUGGAUCCUUCAUCACAAAGCCUAAACAUUGACGCCUUGCAUCGACCAAUCCAAAGACAACCAAAAUGCAAGAAACAAAUCAGCACCACAGAUAAAACCUGUCAACAGCUGGUAAGCAAAGCAAACCCUUUUGUUCUGGUAUAAGUCAAGUCUCGGUGGUGUUAUUUUGCAGCUUGAAGGUUAGUGUAAUUUAGUCAAACAUCGACUUGGUUGCCCUGGCUUUUUCAAAUGCAAUCUGAAACCAUAUAAUUUCCAACAUUAUUAACAAAACCUCACUUCUGCCUUCAAAGGAGUCUAUGAUCCCUUUUCCCCAACCACUGGAUCACUUCAGUUUAGGAGGUCUUGGCCUCAGAAAUACCAGCCAGUCCUACUGUUGCACUAAAGGAGAAAAUGGAUUUUUGCCCCCUUUUUCAAUGGCCCUUUUUUUUUUUUUUUUUUUUUUUUUUUUUUUUUUUUUUUUUUUUUUUAAAAGGAUGUUAAGAUCUCCUCAAUGGAUCUGUAUCUACAGCCAAAUGUAAACCACGUAGCUGCAAAACCUCUUGAAACCUCCCAGUGGAACCCUUUUGAAAAUGUAGUAAAUUCACUUAGUGUUAACAAAAAGCCAGAACGCUCUCAAGCAUGCCGAAUCUAACAAAGGAGACCACGUGGAGAAAGACAGCACUCUAUCAACAAACCCGGAAAACCAAUCAGUUUGGGUCAUUGAGUUCUUUGUAAAAUUUAAUUUUAAAAAUAUUUGUCCCCUAGGCUGAGCUACGACAGUUUGCUGAUGGAAACUCUCGUUGCAGGCUGAAUGGAAGAAAUGGAGUUGGUAUGGAUGGUAAUACGUCAUUGCUGAUCAGCACCUGUUGCCGUUUGGUGAUGCAUGAUGGUCUCAAGUAACCUUCAGAUCCGAGCUGUCCGGGUUCGUUGGAGGCUGCUGUUCAUUGAGGCUGAUGUUUAGAUGGAGUCCUGAAGUGCUACAAAUGAAUUGCUUUUUGAUGUUGUGGUUGUUGUUGUUCAAUAAACUCAUUUGAAUUGAAA